UAGAUGAUAUCCGAAAGACAACGAAUUGAAGCCCCUCCUACUCCUAGUGUGGAUAAUAACAUGCCACCACCCCCACCAUAUGAAGAAGUGAAUGAUGUUUAUGCUUCUCAGACACAUAAUGGAUCAACGGAUAGCAUGGGUUACUUCUUAGGAGAGGUUUUAUUCCCAUACUCUGCUGUAUCCGAAGUGGAGCUGAAUCUAUCUGUUGGUGAUUAUAUUGUCAUUCGAAAGGUGACAAACAAUGGAUGGGCCGAGGGGGAAUGCAAAGGUAGAGCGGGCUGGUUUCCAUUUAGUUACAUUGAAAGAAGAGAGCGUGUUCUUGCAAGCGUUUAAGUCCGUGGGUAGCUAUGGGUUGUUUCAUGAUGGGUGUUUCAAUAAUCUUCUUCUAAGAUCUGUCUUCUUCUACUCAACAAGAAAGAAAAAGGGUGCAGAUCCAUCAUUGACCGAGUUCUAUUUUCGCACACAUCGGAAAAAGGAUCAAAGUUGGGUUGGAGUUCAUGCUGAAUCUACAUAUGAUAAAUUUGAACAGAAAAAGUUGGAGAUUUCUUCUCAGAAUCCAACUAUUCCAGGAGAGGACGGAGCUGAUAGUCAACCAACUAAUGAAAUGCCACCUGAUUUGGAUAUAUGGGUAGAGUCGGUUGGAAAGAAGAAAAGGAAUAGGGUAUUUGGUCUUGGAACCGCAUCUAAGACUUUGGUUUCUGUAUCAAAGAAACCCUCAAGUGAUCACACAAAUGAAGAUGGCGUCGAUGAAACAGAUGAAGAAGACCUUAGUAAUGAAUUUUGA